AUGCAGUCGACGAGGGCACUCAGGUUUAGCGCUAGCAUAGUCAGACACGCGCCAAAGUACCCCCGUCCAAAGCCUGGCACCGCAGAACGGCCAGCAUACCAUGCACCCGACCCUCUCCUCAACAACCCCAAGGCCGCUGUAACGAAGCUCGAGGACGGCGAACUUACCUUCAUUCACCGACCACCCCCCACCGCUCCUUCACCAUUCUCUCUCACGACCGCACCUUCUUCCCCACUGCUUCAGCCAAACCCUACACCGCUGGUUAGACCCCUCCCACCCCUUAGCCGGUCAGGUCCAAAACCACCAUCCCCGCGUCUUUCCGACGAGGAUCUGGCAAAGCUAAUUGAAUUACGGCGCUCAGACCCUGCAGCGUAUACGCGGGGUAAGCUGGCCAAGAUGUUCAACUGUACACAGGUCUUCGUUGGCCAGGUCGCCCCUCUAAAAAAACCGGCACGGAGGACGAUUUUGAAGGCGCGAAAUCUCGAGCACGAGAAGAACAGGGAGGGGUGGAGCGAAAAGCAUUCCAUCGUGAAGGCCAUUCGCGCGAAAAGACGCGAGCUGUGGUGA